UCUUUCCUUCCUUUUCUUUCUUUCUUUCUUUUUUUCUUUCAUUCACCGAUCACUCUCAGAAAAAAAAAAAAGAGUAGAGAAGAAGCCCUUUUCUCUUUCUCUUCUUCUACUUGUUGUUUGUAUACAAUCCACCUAUAUAUAUACAGAUUAUACAGAUUCUGUAUAUAUAUUUAUUUAUUUUGUGUAGAGGAGAAUUUGUGAAUAGGUUUCAGAGUUAGAGAGGGGUAAAAAAAUGGACAGGUACACUGGGACCCAGACAAUGGAGGGAGCGGAUCCGGUGGCCGAGUGGACGGCUCCGAGCGGCGAAACUGGGCUAGAAGAACCGAUGUGGCAGUUGGGCCUUGGAGGUGGGCCCGAAUCGUACCCGGAAAGGCCCGACGAGGCAGAUUGUAUCUAUUACUUGAGGACUGGUUUCUGUGGUUACGGUGCUCGCUGUCGGUUCAACCAUCCUCGUGAUCGCACUGCGGCAAUGGGAGCUAUGAGGGCCAGCGGAGGGGAGUAUCCAGAGCGUGUUGGACAACCAGUUUGCCAGUACUACAUGAGGACGGGAAUGUGCAAAUUUGGUGCUUCCUGCAAGUAUCACCAUCCAAGGCAAGGAGGUGGAUCGCCAGCACCAGUGAAUCUUAACAUUUAUGGGUACCCUUUGCGACCGGGGGAGAAGGAAUGUUCAUACUAUGUGAAAACAGCGCAGUGCAAGUUUGGUGUCACCUGUAAAUUUCAUCAUCCACAGCCGGCCGGUGUUCAAAUGACAGCACCAGCGCCUGGUCCUGGACCAUUACCUGCACCAGCAGCUGUACCUGCACCUGCAAUUUAUCCUACAGUGCAAUCUCCUUCUGUUCAAUCGUCUCAGCAGUAUGGUGUUGUUACUGGCAACUGGCCAGUUCCACGCCCUACUUUGCUCCCAGGUUCAUAUAUACCUGGCACUUAUGGUCCUGUGCUCUUUCCUCCUGGAAUGGUUCCCCUUCCGAGCUGGACUUCCUACCCAGCACAAGCUAGUCCUGCGGUGACAGCGACUGCACAGCCUACUGUUGGAGCUGGCCCUAUUUAUAGCCUGACGCAGUUAUCUCCUUCAGCUCCAGCAUAUACGGGACAAUAUCUGUCUCUUACUUCUUCUGCUGGUCCAUCAGGAAGCGGCCAGAAAGAGCAUGCAUUUCCUGAAAGGCCUGGGCAACCUGAGUGCCAGUAUUAUAUGAAAACUGGAGAUUGUAAAUAUGGUGCUUCUUGUAGAUAUCAUCAUCCACAAGCAAAUUUGGUCCUCAGCGCCAUGGGUCUACCUCUUCGUCCGGUAUAUGCCUUACCGCGUUAAAUGGUUCUUUCUUGUGAGGAACUAAAACCUCAGUUAUUUUGUCUCCAGGAUUUCUGAUAAUUUUGAUUAUAAUAAUAUGGAGUGUUAUUUUUCUUUACUUAUUCAUUUGACUCUUUUAUGAAGUUGAAGUUUAUUUCUUUUUCACUGAAAGACAAUUUUAGAUGCAAUGUGUGUUCUUCUGGACUCAUGUGUGACUAUUUCAAUUGUUUGUACCUCUUGAUUUUACUCUCAGUUUUUGCUUGUAACUUCUGGAUUUCAUUUAUACGUUGGCGGAAUGCUUCAAAUUACGAUAAGUUCUAGAGGUGUGACAUAGGUGAUUCCAACAAUUUACAUUAUGGUGUAAUUGCACAAGCCUUGCCCACACCCUGCACACACUGGAGCUUCUGUGCAUCUGACUGCUUUUUUCUUUCCUUUUCGUUUUCUUUCUUUUCUUAAUAGAAUUAGAUAACAUCAGUGGGUGCAAUCUGCUGAUUUUUGAAUGAACUCAUCCCUAGUUCUGGGUCCUUGUAUGAUUUUCUGUUAUUCGUAAUGUCUCAUUCAUUGUUUUGCUUGCCCUCUGUCCAGGGUGUGGCUAUUUGUUCUCACUAUUUACAGAAUGGAGUAUGCAAAUUUGGGCCCUCAUGCAAAUUUGAUCAUCCUAUGGGAACACUAAGCUACAGCCCUUCUGCGUCUUCCCUCGCUGACAUGCCGGUUGCUCCUUACCCAGUUGGUUCUUCAAUGGGUACUUUGGCUCCCUCAUCCUCAUCAUCCGACUUAAGGCCUGAACUUAUUUCUGGAGCCAACAAGGAUGCCUUCUCUAGCCGGAUGUCUUCUAUGAGUGGUUCCAGUGGUUCAGUUGGCUCAUUGUUUUCGAAGAGCGGUACUGUCCCCCGUUCAAGUGGUCAGCUGCCAGGACAGGGAUCUGCAACUUCAGGUGGCAGCAGUAGUGCAGUUCCUGGGAGUGAGCCUCGCACGUCAAGCUGAGGCAGAGCUGAUUAUGAGCUCUUUUUGUGCAUAACUCUCAUGGACUCGGUGAUAUAUUUUUGUUGCAGAUCACUUCCUAGGAGGCUAUUUGUUCUUUUUAGUCAUCCAGGUUCCACCAUUCAAGUCUAGGAGACCUUAGAUCUGUUCACCAUUGUUCUUAAAAUCAUUAUAUGGCCACCAGUUCGAUUCUCAAUAAGCCAUGCCCACCUCAAGAGAUCCAGCUACCCAGUAUAGCUUCAAGCUGGUUCUGAAUAACAAGAAACAAAAACCACCUCAGACUUAGAAAUUCUACAUCCCAGCCUAAAUUUUGGAGCUUGUUGUCUGUUGUCUGCAUUUAUAUUCAAAAUCAUUGUCGGAACAGAAGAACUUUUCUGUUCCGCUCUAUUCUUCUUUCAAACAUUGACUGUCAAAAAGGUCCAGCUUUUGAUCCCUGCUUGAAUUUGGAAGAAGCUUCCAACUUGACUUAGGAAUGAAUACCGAUAUCUCCCUGUCACCUUCGCCCCCUUUUUGCCCGGGGCUUUUGUCAAAUGUUGUGGAAAAUUUAUCAAGGAAUGGUGUCAGGCCAUUUAUAACUGCCUUGAUAUGGUUAAGUUAUAUAUGCUCAUGCUGCUACAUAUGAAUUUCUAGCUGAACGCUGCCUUGAUAAUUUGUCUUCACAAGUACAGCAGAUAAAUGAAGAUACUUCUUUAACUUGUAAGGAUUUAUAUUGUCACUUUUAUUUGUGAGGAUCUGAUGGAACCUCAUUUUUGCUGCUAUGAUACUCUUGUCCAGUUUCCUGAAUAAAACCGUCCAUGAGGUGACCCAACCUAGCAUGCAUGCUAUAUUCUGGAAUGAAACCCGCCAUGCCCUGCUGAUUUGGCUGCUCUUGUAUGAUGCUUUGAACUUAUUAUUCUGCGAUCAUGGGUUUAUCUUCGUUGUUUGGUGCCUUUCCCAGUUCUUUUUCUUAUGAAUGCGGUACUUCAUUUUGCCCUGUCAGUUGGGACAGUUGCCCGGUUUGUCAAAUAGUGUUAUUUCUAUUACUGCAACCAGACAAAAGCAUAGAAACUGCGUUGCUUGUUUUUCUAGGAACAAGAGUAAUAUAGAAUAUCACUAAAUAUCGUUGCACAUAGUUUAAUCUCGUCCCAUUUUAAUAGUCUAUUUUUGUAUUUCUCGCACAUAUUUUCAGGUUGGAAAAAGCUUUGUGUGUGUGUGUGUGUGUGUGUUUGUUUUCUUUUCCAAUAUUUGGCCUACACGUAAGCCCCAGUUCCCAGUCCCUUUCCGAUUCGACCCCAAAACUGUGUGAUAAAGAGCUCUUAAGAUUUUCUCCUUUGAAGUAGUUUGUCUAUCUUCUAAAGAGCUUUUUUUUUUCUUUUUCUUUUUUGCCUUUACGAUUGAUUCAGGUUUGAAUACAUAUGGGUAGCUUGGAUUGUGGUUGUUGCAGUUAUCAGAGGAGACACGAAUUCCACCGACAAGACUGGUGAAAAUGUGACAAAACUUCCAUCAUGUGUUGUUGUUACUUGUUAGUAGUAUACAACGUGGGAGAGUAGAUUAUUAGGAAUACCAAAACAGAGGAACAGGGCACCAAUAUUAUCUAUAUCAUAUACUCCACUUUUACAAACUUUUCUUCUGACAAAUACAACAUCUUUGCACCCCUCCAAAAACCAGACACAUAAAAAAUGGGUUACAAAGAAAAAAUAAAACAAAUGCACCCCCACCCCCACCCCCCCAAAAAAAAAAAAUGUUUCUGAUUGUCAAGAUUUGCCAACCCUUUUGAACAUUCAUAUCCAACUUUAAGGGGGCAAUGCGAGAAAAAGAAGAAGAAAAGGAAUCAAACCAAAAGCUAUACUCAAAAUUGGCUGGCCAAUUAAGAUAUGCUGAUUUUCUUGAGGAUGCCGGGGGAAACAUGUCUUGUUUUUGGAAGAACAAAACCUUAGAUCACAUGGAAUGUUUGGUUUGGGUUUCAUGUGAAUACGCGUUCU